AUGUCGACCUCCUAUACCACCGAUACACAUGGUACACCGCCAUUCGACUCGCCAACUCUGCGUCAUGCCGACUCGGACUCGGCGGACGAGCUGGGCUGGUCCGAUGCAUCCUCGCUAGCUUCUCUGAACGACUACGACAGUCUCGACGAGUCGAACGACUUCCCCGAUACAGUUGCACCGGAAGCAAGGCAUUCCUAUCCACCAGAUCCAAACGAGACCUCGGACCAGGCAGUCUGCCGAAUCUGCCUCGAAUCCGCCUCGAGCGGCGCGGCGGGUGAAUCGCUCGGCCGGCUUCUUUCGCCGUGCAAAUGCAAGGGAACCAUGAAGUACGUCCACGCCUCCUGUCUCGACACCUGGCGCGCCGCAUCUCUACGUUCCUCGUCCGCAGUCGCCUGCGACCAGUGCGGCGCACCCUACCGCUUCCGCAAGUCCAAGUUCAUCGGCAUAGCCACUUCGCCUACGCUGCUCUUCCUCGUCAGCCUCUUCCUCUUUCUGAUGCUCAUAUGGACGGUGGGUGCAGCAGCCACCCUCGUCAUGGACCUCUACGACAAACCCGCCGCCCCCAAGACUGCAAAGCGUGGCUGGUGGCCAUGGAGAUCCGACGACGAUCCCAUCUACUCUUCGGUCGAGACCGAUGCAUGGUCGUACCUCGAUGCAGAUUACGCCACACCUGGGCUGUGGAGCUACUCCAACCUCAUUUACGAGCCUGCAGCCUACCUCAAGCUCGUCAAAGACGCGGUGCAUGCCUUUGCCUCGGGCGAAGCCGCCGACGCUGUCCGUGAAGUCGUUGGGCUUCAAGACCAGCCCGAACAGGCGCAGCCAGACGAUCCAACACCGCAGCAAGGAUUCUGGUCCGCGCUCAAGUCCGAGUGGAUGUACGGCGACGGAGGUCUGUGGCCGUCCAAGUCGACAUCGGCACAGCCAGAUGAUGCUAACCCCAGUGCGCCACCAGACAGGCCUGUGUCUCAUACGAAAAAGAGGCAAAAGUACGACGCCCGUGCAGCAUCUGACGUCAACGGCUCCAAACGUCGUCGGCACAAAUUCAAGUCCUCCCGAUCCUCAUCCACACCGGGGGACAGCUGGCUCAGCAAGCUUUUUGUGCAGUUUUCUGUGGGCUUUUCUCUCGUCGGCAUACUGUCCUUCCUCAAUCUGGUGGUACUGGCGCCGAUCAACCUGCACAACUUUGGUCUCGGCCGCUCGUUUGCGCGCAUGACCUCGCGCGGCCGAGGUGGCGGCGGAGGCAGGAACGCCAACCAGGACGGCGUGAAUAUCGCCUCGGUGCUCAUCGUGCUGCUCGUCGUCAUCGGCGUCGUGCGUGCGUUGCACGUGGUCUAUCGCCUCGUCAAGAAAGUGGCCAGUAGGGGGUUGAGUAGGCUGGAGGAGGUCAUUGUCGAUUGGAACCACGAAGACGAGCUCGCACACAGCUAG